UAGAUAAGCAAUUAAAGUUGGCAAUCAUCGCUUGCCAAUAUAUACAGAGCUAAUGACAAGAUACACAAAGCUAAAGAAGCUCCUUUAGAAUGGCAUCUCUCGCCUAAAUGUGAGGAGAAGAGGGAAAGGAAGAGAGAGAUGCUUCUGGACAGGGGAUCCAUUGAUUUAGUACUGGUUCCAUCUGGCUUGGCCAUUAUGUUUGGCUACCAUCUGUUCCUCCUGUAUCGAAUCCUUAGGUUCCCGCACGCUACUGUAAUCGGCUAUGAGAACCAUAACAAACGAGCAUGGGUCCAGCGGAUGUUGCAGAUGACUCCGGAGGAUACAGGACUAGCUCUGCAGGUAAUAUCGAGCAAUAUAUCGGCAUCGAGCAACCUGGCAUCACUCUCCAUUGCCCUGAGCUCCCUCAUCGGGACAUGGGCAGGAAGCACCUCCAAAGUUUUCAUGACCGAAGUGAUCUAUGGCGACACAAGCCAAGCCACCUCUUCAGUGAAGUACAUCGCCCUCCUCAUCUGUUUCCUGGCGGCCUUCACUUGCUUCAUCCACUCCGCGAGGUACUUCGUCCAUGCCAGCUUCUUGAUGAGCACCCUGGACUCCGACAUACCUGUAAGCUACGUCCAGACCGCAGUGAUAAGAGGUGGCAAUUUCUGGUCGAUGGGCCUGAGAGCAAUGUACUUUGCGACCACCUUGCUGCUGUGGAUUUUUGGACCGAUACCGAUGUUUCUUUGUUCCGUAUUCAUGGUGGUGAUCUUGCACUUCCUCGAUACCAAUUCCACGCCAUUGCACCAGUAUCGGUUUUCUUCGAACAAAGGGGUGGUGAAAAGGGUAGACCGACCCUUGAGGAAUAUUAGCUAACAUCGAAGGCAUCAACUGAGCUCUGCUGCACAUACUUGUUCUGGAUUUCACAGGGUGUGCGAGGCCCUUGAUGAGGUUUACUGCAUUCAGCUGUCCAUCAUCCUUCAGACCAGAUGUUGAGUUAAUGAAUAGCUUUCAUAAA